AUGUAUCCCCCUGUGGCGGCUGCCGCCGAGGUCCUGGCCGAGACGGCUCUGUCGCGGUCGACGGCCAUGCGGCCGUUGCUCCUCUCGCAGCUGGCCUCGCAACUGGAAACGGCGUCGUCCGAAGCGGCGUCCAAGGCGGCGUCGGAGAGCGUGCGGAGAGUAGGACUGGAGGCAGCGCUGGCCGAGGCCAAGGCCUCCAUUCGCGAGUUGCAGGCGCAACUGCGGUCGGAGCGGAUCGCGGUUGGCGAGGCAACGGCCCGGGCGAGAGCCCACGUCGCACGCGAGACCGAGGAGCUGCGGGCGUUGGUGGCGUCGCUGGAGGAGCAGCGACAUGCGGCCGAGCUGGCGCUCCAGACGGCACGCAACCGCGACGCAGCGUAUCGGGCGCGCGCAGAGUCGAUGAUCGCGGCCAUGGAGGUCGAGGUCCAAGGCCUGCGCGCCCUUGUCACUCCUUUGGACGACUCGUUUGCGUCGACGUCGUCGACCAGGGAGGUCCAGGCGAAGGCACAGAUUGCGGCGCUCACUUCUGAGCUUGCGGAUGCGCGUGUGCUAAUUGAGGACUUGCGGGUCGAGGCGACGGUGGAGGCUGCACAGGCGCAGGGCUCGCAGGCCGCCGCCGAGGCUGCGGCAUCACAGCGCAAGCUCCAGCUCAACGCACAGGGCCUUUCGAUGACGGACCUGGAGGCGUCGCUCGCAGCGGCUCACGCGCGGACGGAUGCACUGUCGGAGGAACUGGCAGCGUCGCGGGAGGCAGAGGCUCUACUCACUGACGAGGUGACGCGGCUGCAGGCGCAGGUGAAGCGAACCGAAGGCACGGCGCUCGCGCGGCUCUCCUCGUCGAUCAGCGCUGAGCUGAAGCGCGAGGCUGCCGCCGACGCGCUCACAGCACGGCUACUGGACGAACUCGAGAGCGAGCGUAAGGCGCGCGAGGCGGUGGUUCUCGAGCUCGCGGCUGUCAAGUAUUCGGACCUCCAGGGGACCGGUGAGGAGCGGCUAGAGACGGUCGAGCUGGUGGAGCGGCUCAAAGAGCAGGUAGCCAGCCUGGAGGGUGCCAACGCGCGGCUGCAACUUCAGCUCGAGCAGCGAACGCCUGCACCAGGCACUCCGCGCGGGAUGGCGUCAAGCCCCGACCUCCGUCGCGAGCCGUCACAAGGUCUUGCCUCGCGCGACUACCAGACUGCAGUUGAGCGGGCACAGGCGGCGGAGCAGGCGGCGGCGACGGCAUCUGCCGAAGCUGCGCAGUGGAAGGCCAAGUACGACGCGGCAAACAAGGCGUUCAAGCACGAGGCGCGGCUCUCGUCAGAUGAGGGCCGGCAGAUGGAGACCACAAUGGCGAGCCUGACCGCCAAGGUCGAGUCGCUCAACGAGCAGCUGGCGUCCAAGAACGAUGCGCUGGCGCAAGCGCUGGCGGCGCAGGCAAAGAUAAUGGAGCAAGUGGCGGCAAAGACCGAGGCGGUUGCUCGACUCGAGCGCGAGCUUGAUGACGUGCGCGCCUCAUCGCAGUCCGAGGCCGAAGUCCAGCGACUGGAGGCACUGGUGGAGAAGGCGACGACACGGCUUGCCACGCUCCAGAAGAAUCAGGCGAACAUGCUCGCCGAGAAGGAUCGACAGCUUGGCAAGCUCAAGAAGGAGCUCUCACGAGUCAAGGCUGCACUCAAGGCCGCACAGGAGGCGCAGUCAUCGCUCGACGCCAACGCCCAGGCCGAGCUCGAUUCGCUCCGCAAGUCGGUUGCUGCGCUUCAGGCCGAGGUUGGUGAGAAAGACGCCAAAAUAUCGGCGCUCGAGGACGAUAUGGCGCUCCUGCUGGAAGAGAACGAGGCGCUGGAGGCCAGGGCCGCUGCCGCCGAGGCUGACUGGAUCGACGCCGAGGACCGGAUCGAAGCGCUGCUAGCUGAGCAGCGGUAGACAGAAGCGUGUGCGUGAUGAGGUGCCGUGCGACUGCAAUAAGCACAAAACUGAGAACUUUACUUCUCUCCGGUCUACUGGAGGUAGUUGAGCGGAAGAGCGCCGGUAGCACCGGUGGCAAUGUUGCGGGCACUGCACCACCCGUCGUCAAACUCCUCGAGCACCUCG